CAAAAACACAAUGAACCAAGAUCUCAACAUCUCAACCACCCUCUUCAUCUCUCCCUCCCCUUCACCUCCAUCACCCCUCCUUCUCCCCCUCUCCCAUAUUGACAAUGACCGCAAUCUCCGCCUCACCUUUCGCACUCUUCGAAUCUACUCACCUCCACUUUCCGACUCUGACGCGUUUAAAACCUUCACCGGAGCUCUCUCCAAAGCGCUCUCUCUUUACUACCCUCUCGCUGGAACUCUCGUCAAUGACUCUGGCCGCCUUGCAGUCCGUUGCUCCAUAGAUGAUACUGUCCCCUUAACCUAUGCCACAUCUCCACUCCGGCUUGGCUCAUUUCAAACUGAACCCGCUUCAGACUUUUUGAACCGGUUGGCGCCAGAUUUGGAUUUGGGUCGGGAGCUGUCGUACCCACUCGCUCUUCAGCUCACCUGCUUCACCUGUGGAGGGCUCGCAUUGGGUAUGUGUGUGCAUCAUGCACUAUGCGACGGAGCAGGGGCCACCAAGUUCUUGAGCGCCGUCGCACAGUUCGCGCGUGGGGAGGAUCAGGUUGGUUUUGUGCCUGAGCCCGUUUGGGAUCGAGUCUCGCUGCUUGGACCGAGAUCCCCGGCCUGCGUGGAGGUGGAUUUUGGUGAGUUCUUGAGUUUUGAUGAGGGAAAUAGGGUUUAUGUUGGUAAUGAGGAGGGGGUUGUGUUGAGGGAGUGUUUUCAUGUAAAUGAGGUAUGCUUGAACCGGUUCAGGAACUGCCUCAGGGAAGAGUGCGGUUCGAGCUUUACGGCGUUUGAAGCUCUAGGGGCGUUCAUAUGGCGAGCCAGGGUUAAAGCCGCAGGCAUGGCGAACGAGGAGAUAGUAAAGUUCGCUUACUCGAUGAACAUAUCCAAAAUACUAAAGCCUGCGCUCCCUAAUGGGUACUGGGGCAACAUUUGCGUACCCGUUUACGUGAAGCUAACUGUCAAACAACUCCUGCAACAACCAAUUUGGGAAACAGCUGAAAUGAUCAAGGAGAGCAAAACCAGCGUAACCGAUGAGUAUGUGAGAUCGUACAUCGACUUUCAAGAGCUUCACCAUGCAAAGGGGAUAACCGCGGGAAAGUUCGUAAGUGGGUUUACGGACUGGAGGCAUUUGGGACACGCGGAAGUGGAUUUCGGAUGGGGAAGUCCGGUAAGUGUGCUUCCGCUUUCUUGGAGGAUUCUUGGGAGUGCAGAGCCGACGUUUUUCUUGCCUUACGGUAGAGAGGAUGGAGGGAAGAAAGAGGGUUUCAAAGUGUUGGUUUGCUUGCAAGAGAAUGCUAAGAAGGCUUUUAGCUCAGAGAUGGAGGUGUUUAAAACCGAAGAGAAUAAAAAUGUAACGAGCUGUCAAGUUGACGCACACAACUUGAGCAAAGUUUGAGAACUGGCGUGCAUAUGGAGUAUGCUGAUGCGGCACAUGUGUGCUUUCAUCUGUGAAUAAUAUUUGCUCCAGCUGUCAUCACUUACUGGAUUAUUGACAAUGUCGAAAGAAUAUGCGACUUCAGUUAGUACUA